AUGGGUCUGUUACGCUUGCUCCCCGGAGCGGCUUUACUUCUCAAUGGAGUACUAGCUACUCCUACACCUGGCCCCGGCCAUUCAGGUGCUCAUCAUCCAGAUGCUAAUGGGAAGUACUGGAUUUACGGCGAAGGCAUCUCCGCCGCCUUUAUCCCCUACGGAGGUUCCAUUUCCAACUUGAUCAUCAAGGAUAAGAAUGGUAUCCCUCGGGAUAUUGUGAUGGGUUUCGACAAGGCCGCCGACUAUGCUACGGAUAAAUCACAUCCUCACCUUGGGAGCGUUCCUGGCCGCUACGCAAAUCGGAUUAAGAAUAGCACCUUCGAGAUUGAUGGCGAGGAAUACCACAUCACGGCAAAUGAGAACCCCACCGCUGAGCACCCGGAUGGCCUGAACACCCUGCACGGCGGGGUGGAUGGCUGGGACUGGAGGAAGUUUGAUAUUGUCUCUCACACCAACCAGUCCAUCACUUUCUCGAUCGUUGACCCCGACGGCAAGGAGGGCUUCCCCGGCGAGGUCAUCUCGUACGUCACUUACACGCUAGGCGACAUGACCUGGGAGGCCAAGAUGGUGGCCAUCGCAACGACCAAGAAGACCCCCAUCAUGCUGAGCAGCCACACGUACUGGAACCUGGACGGCUUUGCCAACGAUGAGACGAACACCAUAUUUAACCACACCUUCCACCUGCCCUACAGCGGCCAACGGGUUGCGGUUGACAACAUCUUGAUCCCGACUGGUGACAUCCAGGCCAACGCCAAGGGCUCCGUCAACGACUUCUGGAGCGCCCCGAAGCAGAUCGGUGAGAGCUUCAACGACCCGGAGAUUCACGGAAACUGCGGGUUCAACUGCACCGGCUAUGAUAACUGCUGGCUAGUCAACCGACCCGACCCCCACGACUGGCGCGCCGACGGCGGCUACGUCGCCAGCCUGUCAUCGGCGUGGUCCGGCAUCCGGCUCGACGUCUACUCGGACCAGGACGCCUUCCAAAUGUACUCGUGCAACGGCCAGAACGGGUCCUUCCCGCUCAAGGCGUCGCAGGGCGUUGGCCGCGACGCCAGUGACGCCGGCGGCGCCGCCCGUCGCAAUGUUGAAGACCCGGGCAAGAACCAGGACCCUUCUCGCAUGGUGCCCAAGUAUGGCUGCGCGGUCCUUGAGGUGCAGGACUGGAUCGACGGCAUCAACCACCCCGAAUGGGGCCGCCUCGGGAAGCAGGUGUUUGGGCCGGGCGGUGACCCGUACGUGCUCCAGGUCAGCCAUCGGUUUUCGGUCGAAUAA